AUGUCCACAUUUGGCCCAUUAGUGAUUGCAAUUUCGUUAAAUUGCAAUAGAAUUGAAGGUAGUAGGACAUUUGGCCACAUUCCCGUUUCAUUCGAACAACAAAGAGGUGAGUAUGGUGGUCCAUCUCGACACAGACGGAAUGUAGAGCCGAUGCCGAUAGAGGAACAAAUAGGAGACCCAAAUUUGGAUGAUGCAUAUGAUUUUUGGUUACGAAGCGAUGAUUCUGAAGAGUAUGUCCCUUCCGAUGAUUCGGGAGAAUAUGUCCAUUCACAUGAUUCGGAAGAAUAUGUCCCACAUGUUCAAGAUAAUAUGUCAAUGCGGCAAAUGCUCCACGCGCAAGUCGAGGUGCAACCCGAUAAUGCGUCAUGGUACGAUGAUGUUGAACAUUCCGGGCAACCUUCUCAGUAUGGGAGUUCGCUCUUGCAAAUUGGAGCUGUGUACGAAAGUUACAAGAAAUUAAAAAAAUUGGUAACACAGCACAAUCUUGCCAUUUAUAGGCAAUUCACGACGCUAUAUAAGAAUCCAAUGUAUUGGAAGGCAACGUGUUUGCAUUCCCAACACUGUCCGUGGAUGAUUAUGGCUACGCUGGUUGACAAUUGCGGGCCACAAUGGGUAAUUAAAAAGUUUGUUGACGAUCACAAAUGUCGAGUGGAUUACACCCGAGGUGGCGUCGAUUACAUCCUUACAAGCAGAGUCAUUACGGAUUUCAUAUUGCCAAAAAUUGAAGCUGACCCGCAGUACAAGAUAAAAUAUGUACAACAAGAUGUCAAUGCAAAAUGGGGUGUUAACGUGGACUACAAGAAGGCUUGGUAUGCAAGGGUGAGAGCUCUCGAAACGCUACAUGGGAAGUGGGAUGAGUCGUACAACCUAUUGCCUAAGACAUUAUUUGCUAUACAACAAACAAAUCCCGGGACUAUUGUUGAUAUUGUCGGUAGCCCGACGAAUACUCCGGAUGAGUUCCAUUUUAAGUAUGCGUUUUGGGCAUUCAAGGCCGCAAUUGACGGGUUCAAGUACUGUUUGCCGGUCCUUACAAUUGAUGGAACUCAUCUAUAUGGGAAGUAUAAAGGGAACCUUUUGUUAGCGGUAUCGAUGAAUGCCAACAGGGAAAUAAACGGUAGGAAACUACUAUAUGCGGUUGUAGAACACACAACACCAAAUCAAUAUAUUUGUUUUUGA